GCGCCCGGAAGGUCAGCGUGUGCAGGAGUCGAUGGUAACGCGUGUGUCCCCGCUGUUACUGAGGAGCAGCGGCCAAACAGACGACCCUUCCCGGAGACGGCGGUGAAAAGCAGACGGGCUUUUUGCUGCGACACCAUGGAGGGCGGCGGGGGAAGCGGCAACAAAACCACAGGAGGGUUGUCCGGCUUUUUCGGAGCCGGCGGAGCUGGUUACUCGCACGCGGAUUUGGCCGGCGUCCCGCUGACUGGUAUGAAUCCUCUGUCUCCUUAUUUAAAUGUGGAUCCACGAUAUCUUGUGCAGGAUACAGAUGAGUUUAUUUUACCAACCGGAGCUAAUAAAACCCGGGGCAGAUUUGAACUGGCCUUCUUUACCAUUGGGGGAUGUUGUAUGACAGGGGCUGCAUUUGGGGCAAUCAACGGUCUACGGCUAGGAUUGAAGGAAACCCAGAACAUGACCUGGUCCAAACCAAGAAACGUACAGAUUUUGAACAUGGUGACCAGACAAGGGGCACUUUGGGCUAAUACACUAGGUUCUCUAGCUUUGCUCUAUAGUGCAUUUGGUGUCAUCAUUGAGAAAACACGAGGUGCUGAAGAUGACCUCAAUACAGUUGCAGCUGGAACUAUGACAGGCAUGUUGUAUAAAUGUACAGGUGGUCUCCGAGGAGUGGCACGCGGUGGCCUGGCAGGACUCACGCUCACUGGCCUCUACGCGCUGUAUAACAACUGGGAGCACAUGAAAGGCUCCGUGCUGCAGCCGUCACUCUGAAGACUGCCAGUUAAAUAGGACACUUGAGUAGUCACCCACACAAUUACCAGUUAGUGUGGAGUUACUCGCUUCUUCCUACAGUUAGUUUGAAAAUGUUGCGAUUCCAAUUGGCCGUGAUGAUCAUGGAUGGUAAGCAGGACUGGCUCUCCUUUCAGUCAUUAGAGCUGAAUCCCAACCCCGCUGGUGAUUUGAGUAACAUGGCUCUUCUCCUCUGGUGACCCUGCGCCUGUUCCACUCGCACCCCUGAACUGGAAAACCACUCACUCCCAUAAUUCAGGUCAUGCUUGUUGUCAGUACUGUCACCGCGUUUGUUCAUUUCAUGAUCCAAACUCUAAAAUUGUCCUGUAUUCCUAAUAAAGGGUAAAAAUGGAACCAAAGUCCUAA